AGAAGCGGAGGGCUGGAAGGCCAUGGGAACCAGAGAAGUAUACGAGGAGAAGCUCCGUUCCGGCAAUCUCUACCACGAUCCCACCAUUAACCCCGGUCUCGGUUCCGCUCGCUGCCCUCGAUGCCUCUCCCUCGUGAACCCUAAUUCGGAAGAGAAAUGGACUAUUGCUUCGGUUCUGCACGACGCCACUGCCGUGGCUGGUUCAGGCAUUGGCGCCAUGCUGAGUGCAGUUCACGGAUUCAACACGGGGUUUCCAUUCAUUCAGAGACACGUGAAGAGCCCAAAGUGGAUCCAAGUGGUUGUAGGGGACGGCUGGUGCAAUGGGAAUUCUAAGGAAAUAACAAUGGUUCCCCCACUUCUUUUGUUUUCUGGAGCUUGUGCUGCAUUUGGAGCAUAUGCUGUCCCAGCAUACGUUCAACUCUCUGUGUCUUCUUAUUACGCUUCGUGGAGCGCAUCCCAUUAUGUGAUAUCACAGGCCACCAGAUACAUUGAAGGAGACCCUACUUCUCCCAGCCUGGAUGACAAGUCAACCUGAUCCUUUAAAUGCGCCCAGUUUCUGGUUAUGUUCAAUUCCUUCUUUUCCUUUUUUAUUUUCUUUAAGUAUUUACAUAUCUAACACCUAAACUUCAAAUUUUUACAGACAUACCACCUUCAAUACGCGUGAAAAAGGUUGAUUACACUUCUAAAAAGUUAAAAUGGUUGCAUGUUUUCUGUGAUAUGAAUGAUUUGGGUGGUAUAAGUAUA